AUGGAGCCCGCAGCUCAAGGGCGGACUGAGAAAAGUUUCAGCUACAUUGUCAGAGCCCCCGGCCCCGAUGGGUUCGAUGUGAUGAACGUGGAUGUGAAGAUCGACACGUCCUGGCUGUUCCAGGAUGUAGAGGACGGUGGCAAGGGGCCGGGCUGCCCUCCUGCAGCUGGAAACCCAGACACGGACCCGGGCGCGCUCAGGAAGCAGCUGGAGUCCUCCGAGCGCAAGCUGUUGGCUGCUGUGGACAAGUACGUGAUGUUGGAGUCCGAGCUCAGGAGCAGAAUCCAGCAGCUGGAGCUGUCGGAGAGCCAGCUCCUCCGGAGGGUGGACCAGCUCAGCGCCCACGUGUUGCAGGAGAGGAGCCAAGCAAGGCGGGCCCAGGAGAAGCUGCAAGCCCUGCAGGGGGCUCUGGCCAGCCAGGUUCUGGAGAAGGAGCGCGUGGCCCGGCGGCAGCGGUGGCGGCUGCGGCGGCUGCGGGAGCGGCUGCGGCGCAAGGACGAGGCGCUGGGGCGGCAGGCGGCGGCCCUGGAGCGCUGCCGGCGGACGCAGCGGCGCCAGCUGGCCCUGGUGCGCGAGCAGGAGCGCGGCCUGCGGGAGCAGGUGCAGCGGCUGGAGCGGGACGUGCGGCGCCUGUGUCACGCGGCCGGCCUCCUGCUGGCCGAGCUGGACGCCCCGGCGCCGGGCAGCCCCCGCGCCCUCGGCCCGGCCGGCCCCGGAGGGGAGGCGGAGGAGCUGCGCGCUCUGCAGGCGCGGGCCGAGCGCGGCGAGCGCGAGCGGGAUGCAGCGGUGCGCGGGUUGCGGGAGCAGCGCGCCACGGAACGCCGGCUCCGCGGGCAGCUGGAGGAUCUUCGCUGCUGCAUCUACGAGCUCAAGCUGUCGGAGAUCGGCCUGCAGGGCCGGGUGGAGGACCUGGCGCAGCAAAACCGCAGCCUUCGAGAGGAGCUGGGGGCCCGGGCGUCCGGGGAGAGCGCGCGCAGCACCGCCGCUGCCGGUCCCUGCAGCCCGGAUGCCCUGAACCAGCUUGGGGAUGAGCCGCUGCCCCUGCCCAGGGUGGACACCCUGGAUGCCCGCCGAAGCCGAAGCUCGCAAACCUCCCUCUGCUCCGCCCGUGCCCCUGGACCGGGAGCCUUGGCAGGCUGGCUCUCCGAGGGGCGCUGCUCCUGGGACUGUGCUGGGGCCGGGGCCGGGCAAGGCCUGGACACCACAGACGGGUCCCUGGAAGACAUCACAGGCUCUGACGGCAGACGGCAGCCUCCAGCUGAGCCCCGCUUGGAUGAGCAGCCUCUUCUCCUCAUCCGUGGCUGCCCCCCUGGGGAUGGCUCACUCCUCCCUGUUGAGCUGGCCUGGAUUUCAGAGCAGAGGCUAGCUGCUGUCCAGGUCCUGGUGCGGACGUCCACACUCCCUCCCUGGGGACCGGCUGGGGACCCCCCUGCCCUGCCGCCACCGCCACUGCUCCGGGAGGCUUCUCCACCGGAAUCCCAGGUGCGACGGGUGCUGGACGCUGGGUUCCCACCUGCUCCCAGAGCCGGAGGACCCGCCUGCCGCGAUCACCGCUGGGCGAGCAGCCAGAAUGCCUCCCCCUGCACCAAGCCCUCACCGAUCGCAAGUCACCAAUUCAAGGCACCCAGAGACUUGAAAGAUCCUUGGAAGGAGGAGGGAGGGCCCCCAGAGUGGAGAACUGGGGAGCAGGGGGCGAGGAGGACUCAGGGCAGGAAGGAGGAAGACCUCGGUGACGAGAGCAAGCUAAGUCAGGAAAGCCGAGACUACUGGAGCCGGAGGGCUAGAAUCAGAGCCCCAGGGGGCGUGUCCAUCAAGAAUGGGGCUUCAGAAACCCAGCCCUCCGCCCCCUGCCCUGGGCCCAGGCCAGAGCUCCCAUUGCUGCUUCUGCAGGGGGAGGCCUCAGUGUCAGCUGAGGGCCCCACACCCCUGAGCAGGGGGCGGAGGGAGAGGUGGCUUUCAUCAUCAGAGGAGGAAGAGGCCCCUCCAGCCAGGGCCCAGGGCUCCCAGGGGUGGUCUCCAGCAGGCGCUCAGCUCCCUGCACGGCCGGGCGAGGAGGAAACACGUGUGUGGUCUGGAAACGCUCUGGAUCUGCAAGCAGGAAGCCCUGGGGACCAAAGGCAAGAAGAGAAGGAGGAGAAGGCAUCCCUUCUAGAAGGGUCUCUUCUGGGCCACAGGGAUGUCCCAGGGGAGCCUGGCCCCGAGGAAUGUGAGCACCAGGAAACCCUCUUCCUGGUGACAGACCAAGAUCUGACACUGUCUGCCCGAUUGGCCUUUCCACCCAGGGGAAUGGAGCCCCCCAGUAAUCCCUGGGCUCUGAGCCAAGGACCUGACAGAUCUGAGCUCAGAACAGAUGACUCUGAAAAGGAGGUAAAAGCUUCUUUCCAGCAAUUCUCCAUCCCAGAGCAUGGGGACAGGGGGCGACGGUGGCCAACCUCCAUGGUGGCCGGAGAGAGCGGGAGCGUGGCUCGGAAACAGCCCAGCUGCCAGGAGAGUGCUCACUCCCAGCAGGCUUUGGCAAAUCAGGGCUCAGAUAUUUGUUUGGCCAGGGAGGUCAGAGCCGGGGGGACUAGUGAAGAGGUCAGACCGAGAGGGACGGGGGUCCUGGGAGCCAGUGCCCUUCUUCCACGGAUAGUGCCUCAUUUGGAUGAUGUGUGUCCAGGCCCAGAGUGGCCCUCCAGGCUGGGGGAAAUCCAGCCCUCUCAGCCACUAGGAGCCCUUGACGGCCAGCUCAUUUCCAGGCUAGAAAAAGAGAGAAGCCAAGUGUCACAUGACGAUGCCAAGCCACAGGGCGACCGGGAGAGAUGCCGUAGAAAAGCAUGCGCCCUCGAGAGAGAGAGGGAGAGAGAUGUGACGAAGAUAGCCGCGCUCGAACAGGAAAACAGCAAGCUCUUAGGGGACGUCUCUCAGUUGGAGACAGAGCUGGACCAGUAUCGGCGGGUCAUUUCGGACCUGGAAGACUGCAACGGGAAAAGUUACGGCAAAAUUUCUGAGCUCGAGGAGGAAAACGAGCAAUUGAAAGGGCACCUGGCCCAACUUCAGAAAGCCAUGGCCGGGAGCAUCAGGAAAUCCAAAGGCGUGAUGGAGCACAUCACGCUGGAAAACCGUGAGCUCAAGGCGCUGAUCUCGGAGCUCGGGGUCAGUUACAAGGAGCUGAUGAAGGGCGUGCUGCUGGGGAUAGAAGACACGGCCCAGGCCUUCAGGGGGGAGAACGCCCAUCUUCUGAGCAGGGUCCGCGUCCUGGAGACAGAGGUCGCGUUGGGGGCCAGCACAGCAGAGGGCCGCUUGGUGAGGGCCGAGGAGGGUCCACAGGGGGAAAGCAAGAUGGUGGGGGCCAAGGGGAGUGCUGUGGAAAGGGGGGUGCAGGUGACUCAGCUUUCAGGGCAACCGACCGCAGGAGUCCACAGGCCGUCCUUGGGGGAGAAACCGGGUCUGGCUGAGAGGUGCGUGGGCCCUUCCUUGGGCCCGGAGAAUUCCGGAGAUGAUGCCAAUUCUGCCGUGUCGACGCUGGUGUGGGGAAGUACCGAAGCACCCAGUGCUCCGCGGGGAAACAUCGGUGGAGCAGGAGUGGAAGAAGCAUGUUUGGAAACGGAGGGGAAAAGGCCGUGGAGUUCUGCAGACCCAGGGCAAGCUCUGAGGGCCCUGGGCAACGGCCCCCAGCGGCGGGACCUGGAGGCGGACGCCCCCCGAGACGACCUCAGGCUGUGCGUCGGGCGCCUCCAGCACCAGGUGCUGACCCUGCGCUGCCAGCUCAGAGACCAGGCAUCGGCCCACCGGGAGCUGCAGGUCUCACAUGGGGAAGCCACCCGCCUCCGGGACCAGCUCAAGCGCGAGCUUGAGGAACUUCAGAAAAAGCAACAUGAGGCAAAUUCUGCCGUGGCUCCUUUGAAGGCCAAGCUGGCUUCUCUGGUCCAGAAGUGCCAGGAGAGAAACCGCCUGAUCACGCACCUACUGCGGGAGCUAUGCAGACACGGGGCGGCGGAUCACCUGCUCUCAGAGACAGCGCGGCGCAUGGUGGGCGACGUGGCACUGGCCGAGUACGCGGCCGCCUUCCUGGCUCCGGGGCUCCCAGAGCCUGCGUUUUCCGGGGGGAAACUGAGGCUCCAAGUAGUCAAAGAGCUGGUCCAGGUCACAGCUGGGGGCACGGCCACAGCCAUCUGCACGCCUGCCCUGCAGGAGGAAGGUCCUCGCAUCCGCCGCGGGUCACUCGGGCCAACCGGCCCCCCCCUGGACGCCGCGUCUGAGACAGCAGCAGCUGUAAGAGCUCAGAAAUACCUCCUGAAUCCCCAAACGGACAGCAGCAGCAUCCAAAGACCUUUACAUGCAGAGCCCUGGCCUGUUCCCAAGGCUGAGUGGCCAACACAGAACACGGCUAGACUGGAUUCUCCAAAGCCAUCAGCAGAACUGAGUGUCAACACCGCCCACUGGUCACUGCCUCCCGGGGUCCCGGGAGAGCUUUCCUCACCCUUGGGGCCGGCAGCCGAUCCUGGAGCGGGUCCAGAGCCAGCAUGCCCUGCGCGAAGCCUGGAAGAGGAAGGCGCACUGUCCCGUCCUGCCCGGCGAGCCGAUGACCUCCCGCCGCCCACUGAGCUCCUGAGCCCCGCGAGGAUCCUGGCUUUCCACAAAGAGCUUAGGCAGAGCAUUUGCAGCAAUUCCCAGGUCAAUAAAUCACCGCUGGAGUUAUAA